CAUUUGUUAUGGGGAAAACAUUCGAUCGAAACUUGAUGACGUCAUAUGACUAAUGAGGCACUAUCAAAAGCGUGAAAAACUGCACGUUUUUCCUGCAUUGGAUUGUUUAUUGAACUUGUUGGAGCUCAUAUAAGUAGUUUUCCUAUCACUUAUAAGUUAUAACGCAGAAACCGUAAGAAGUUGAGCGUAGUUUGUCAAACAUUUUAUCAUGAGCGAACAAGCGAGUGCCGAAAGGAAUGUUUUACUUGCUGUGGACGGCAGUGAACACUCUCAGAGAGCUUUUGAUUUUUAUCUCAGUGAUCUCUGCAAAAGUGGUGACCAUUUGAUUGUAUUUCAUGCCCAAGAAAUGCCUACUCUUCCUGCAGCUCCAUAUCCUUAUUUUAGCAUGAGUGUACAGCCUUCAGGUUUCAGCUCAUCACAAAAUGACCCAUCAGUCGAUAUAGAUGGUUUUGCAUAUUAUGAAGAAUGGCAGGAUGUAAUGAAAAAAGUUGAUGAAGAGGCUAAGGCUCUACUUCGCCAUUAUGGUGAUGUCCUGAAAAAAAGAGAGGAUAUCAAAUUCAAGUUGGUGAAGGAAGGUGGAAAACCAGGAGAGCUAAUUGUAAAAAAAGCUGAAGAUGAGAAUGCUCGUAUGAUUGUAUUAGGGUCACGUGGUCAAGGUGCUGUCCGCCGCACGUUUCUUGGAAGUGUCAGCGAUUACGUUGCUCAUCAUGCUCAUUGUGCUAUUUGUGUUGUUCCACCUGAAAAGCGUCAUUACACGUGCCUGGGGACGAGGCAUAAUCAUAAUAAAUAUACUCAUUAUCAUUUAAUUCAUUAUUCACUCUCAGCAAUGGCGUCCAGAAGGGAACCCAGCUCCCUUGUGCUAGUGGCUAUCGAUGGAAGUGAAUAUAGUGAUCGAGUUUUGCGAUUUUACUUGAGUUCUUUACACAAGGAAACUUAUACAGUUGGUUUGGUUCAUUGUUAUGAAAAUCCAGAUAUUGUCAUCCGUGCGUCUUCAUUGAACAGCGCGAAAUGGGAUAUGGAUGAAAUUGAAAAGGCUUUUAGACGUUCUUGGGAUAGAGCCGAUUAUGUAAUGGAGCAGUCCAAAAAAAUCUGUGAAGAAUAUGAAGUUCGACAUGUGAAGGAAUUUCUUGAACAUGCCAAAGAACCAGGAAAGGCAAUUUGCUCAGUUGCUCAGCAACAAAAGGCAAUUCUAAUAGUUUUGGGAAUCCGUGGUCGAUCCCUUCUUUGUCGUACAAUAAUGGGCAGCGUGUCGAACUAUGUCGUGAGACAUUCCAUAAUCAGUGCAACACUCGUGGUUCCAUAGUUUUCCGUUUUGCAAUUCAACUUUAAUAUUUGUUUUAAUCCUGAAAAUACGAUUUCAUUAUUCAUUCGUUCGUUCGUUCGUUUGCUCGAUCGUUCGUUCGUUCGUUUGCUCGAUCGUUCGUUCGUUCGUUCAUUCAUUCAUUCAUUAUUUGCAAAGCACAUAGAUUACAAAUAGCACCUAUAACUUUGCGCACCUGGCAUGACCAUGGCCUUGACUAAAGACUAACUAAAAACUAUUUACAAACUAAUAAAAAAAUCAAGCAAUUUGAAAGUAAAGAGUAUUCUCAAUGCCUGUAGAAAGUAAUGGUGUAUCAUGUAAUCUUUGAA